AGCGGAGGAAAGAGGUGAACAAGAUUAGUAGGGAUUCACGGCAUCAACAACGCUGUAGUAUAUAAAGGAAUAUCAAAAUGGGUAACACCGAUUCUAAACUGAACUUCAGGAAAGCAGUGAUACAGCUGACAACCAAAACACAGCCAGUGGAGGCCACAGACGAUGCCUUCUGGGACCAGUUCUGGGCUGACACUGCCACCACUGUGCAGGAUGUUUUUGCCCUGGUGCCAGCCGCAGAGAUCCGAGCUGUUCGGGAGGAGUCCCCCUCCAAUCUGGCAACCCUCUGCUAUAAGGCCGUAGAGAAGCUGGUGCAGGCAGCAGAGUCAGGAUGCCCCUCGGAGAAGGAGAAACAGAUCGUUCUGAACUGUAGUCGUAUGCUGACCCGCAUCCUCCCCUACAUCUUUGAGGACCAAGACUGGAGAGGCUUCUUCUGGUCCACGGUGCCUGGUGCUGGAAGAGCUGUGACAGAUGAGAUGGAUGAUGAUGGAGCUCGUCCACUGGCUGAGUCUCUGCUCCUGGCCAUGGCCGACCUGCUCUUCUGUCCUGACUUCACUGUGAACAGCCACCGGAGAGGACCUGACUCUGUGGAGGACAUGCAGACCAUAGACAGCUGUGAGUAUAUCUGGGAGGCAGGGGUGGGGUUCGCCCAGUCCCCCCCACUCAACUACAUCCACGACCUCAACAGGACGGAGCUGCUGAGGUUGCUGCUAACCUGUUUCUCUGAGGCCAUGUACCUCCCUCCCUCCUCAGACAACACCAUCCUCAACCCCUGGGUCAGCUUCUUCUGCUCCACAGAAAACAGGCAUGCCCUGCCUCUCUUCACCUCCCUGGUAAACGUGGUGUGUGCCUAUGACCCGGUGGGCUAUGGCAUCCCUUACAAUCACCUGCUCUUCUCCGACUACCGGGAGCAGCUGGUGGAGCAGGCCGUGCAGAUCCUCAUCGUCACCCUGGAGCACGAUGGAGGAGGGCUGGCCCACCGACCCCCCUCUCCCUCCAGCAUGGAGGACCAGGAUUCUGUGGGCCCUGACAACCUGUUUGUAAACUACCUUUCAAGAAUUCACAGGGAAGAGGACUAUGACUUUGUGUUGAAGGGACUGGCUCGCCUGUUGGUAAACCCACUGAUGCAGACCUACCUGCCCAACUCCACCAAGAAGAUCCAGUUCCACCAGGAGCUGCUGGUGCUCUUCUGGAAGCUCUGUGACUUCAAUAAGAAGUUCCUAUUCUUUGUUUUGAAGAGCAGUGAUGUUCUGGACAUCUUGGUACCCAUCCUCUUCUACCUUAAUGACGCCCGGGCCGACCAGUUCCACGAGGUACUGCAGGCCCCUCACCCGGCGUCUCGAGUCCAGAAUAGCUCGUACUGUGUAUGCCGGGGACCCCUCGAUGUCCAGAGGGGGCGGAGGGACCUCUGGUACCUCACCUUCUUGUAG